CAAAAAGAUCGAACCAGACUCAUUUGUAGCUUGAUCAUGGCUCCACCACCGAUGAUGACGAAUGGUGUCAAUGGAACAACACUGGGGAUGCCACGUCGGAAGAGAAUGAUUAUGCACAUGACAUUCUAUUGGGGAAAAGACGCUUUGAUCCUUUUCAAAGGGUGGCCAGGGCCAAAUAACAUAGGCAUGUAUGCAUUGGCUUUGAUAUUCGUGUUUUUUAUGGCUCUUUUAGUGGAAUGGCUUGCUGAUGCCAUGUCAAGGAUGAAAUCCGAAGGUGCGGCGUCUGGAUUGGCUCAGACGAUGUUGUAUGGCUUACGUGUCGGGAUUGGAAACAUGGUGAUGUUGGCUUUGAUGUCAUUUAAUGUUGGAGUUUUUUUGGUGGCUGUAUUGGGACAUACAUUAGGGUUCUUUUUCUUUCGGGUGAUAAUCAGAUCCAGAGAGGAGAGAGAUGUGAUUUCGAAUAGUUGUUAAGGUGAAUUUUUUUUUUUUUAAUUUUUUAAUUAUUUCAAUAAUAUUGAAUUGUGAUCAAUAAAAAUUUGUCGAAUGUAAGUUGGUUUAGCCAGAAGACGCAGAACGGCAGAAAGUUUAGGCGUUUUUACACGAAUCGCUCAACAUGAAAUGCAUCUUAGGGAGUUUGCCCAAAAAGGAGCCUGGCCCAAGAAGGACCCGUCAAAAAGCCCACCAAGACCAGCCAUUGGCCUAGUAAUUUGCAUGAAAAUAUUCAAGCCCAUGACCAAAAAUAGCUUCUAUCUAUAGAUGUUAUUAUGUUAAAAAGGUCACAUUUUCAUGGGACACAAGGUUUUUAUUCAUAAGGAAUUUGUUGUUAGACCAUUUAGAAAAGGUUUUUUUUUUUUAUUUCUUGUAUAUGAUCGCGUCAAAAUCAUAUGAAAGAAAUACCCCUGCUACCCUUUCAGUGAUCGCUUUAUAUUUAGUCAUAAAUGUCUUCUACCUCAUCUUCUUCUUUCUGUUUUAUAGGUUAUUCUCUAAGAAAAUCACACCA